AGUGUCAGUGCGAUGACAGCGAGUCGAGGAGGCGGCAGGUGGAUCAUUUGCACUUUUAUUACUUUUUCGUACCUGCAAGCUUCUCAAUAUCACAUCAACUGGGCGAAAAUGUCCCACGAAUCAUAAAUUAUAUUGACAUUCAUGUGAAAAGAGCACCCGCUCGAAGGGCACAAAGCAGACGAGAUCUCGGCGGACUGUGGAUUUAGCAGUGCACGAGGAAGACCUGACGGUGCAGCCAUGUUGUCGGCGGAGGAGAUCCUUUGCAGCACGCAGCAGGUGAUCGCCGGGCUGGAGGCGCUCCGAGGAGAGAACCGCAGCUUGCUGGAGAGCCUGCAGGGGGCGGCCCAGAGCCCCGAAAGAGCGGUGGAGGGCGGCGGCGGAAGCGUGGAGCUCGAAAAGAGCGGCAUAAUACGACAGUCGCUGGAAAGGAUUGAGCUGGGUCUCAGUGAAGCGCAGGUGAUGAUGGCGCUGUCGGCUCAUUUGAGUUCUCUAGAGGCCGAGAAGCAGAAGCUGCGAGCUCAGGUGCGCCGCCUCUGUCAGGAGAACCAGUGGCUACGCGAUGAGCUGGCGGGCGCCCAGCAGCGCCUGCAGGAGCGAGAGCAGGACGUGGUCACGCUGGAGGAACACAACCGGCAUCUGCAGUUCAUGGCCUCCAUGCGCAAGUACGACCAGGAGGAGGCACCGCCGCCGGAUGACAAGAGCACAUCUUCCAACAAAGAGUCCCUGGAUUACCUUUUUCCUGCCGAGGACGAGGAGUCGUCACAAAUGUCAACGUCGCAGCACCACCACAGCAGCGCGGCAGCGGCGGCCCAGCAAGGUGGCUACGAGAUUCCCGCUCGCCUUCGGACGCUCCACAACCUCGUCAUCCAAUAUGCUUCGCAGGGACGAUACGAGGUCGCCGUGCCCCUCUGUAAGCAGGCCUUGGAAGACUUGGAGAAGUCGUCGGGCCACACCCACCCUGACGUGGCCACCAUGUUGAACAUUCUGGCGCUGGUGUACAGAGACCAAAACAAAUACAAAGAAGCUGCCAACCUGCUGAAUGACGCGUUGGCCAUCAGGGAGAAAACACUGGGAGUGGACCACCCGGCUGUGGCGGCCACCCUCAACAACCUGGCGGUGCUUUAUGGGAAGCGAGGCAAAUACACAGAGGCCGAGCCACUGUGCAAGCGAGCGCUACAGAUCCGAGAGAAGGUGCUGGGCACGGAGCACCCCGACGUGGCCAAGCAGCUGAACAACUUGGCGCUGCUGUGCCAGAACCAGGGCAAGUACCAAGAGGUGGAGCGCUACUACGAGCGAGCGCUGCAGAUAUACCAGAGUAAGCUGGGACCCGACGACGCCAACGUGGCCAAGACCAAAAACAACCUGGCUUCCUGUUACCUCAAACAGGGCAAGUACCGCCAAGCAGAAGCGCUGUACAAAGAGAUUCUCACCAGAGCGCACCAGAAGGAGUUCGGAUCAGUGGAAGGCGACGCCCAGCCCAGCUGGUCGGGCUGCGGCAGCGACCAAUCAGGGCAACAGGAUGGCCCGCUGAGGCGAAGCGGCUCCUUCACCAAACUGCGAGAGUCCAUACGGCGAAGCAGCGAGAAGCUGGUGCGCAAGCUCAAGGGCGUCGACGUGGAGGACGCCGCCCCGAGGAAUGCUGGGAUGAAAAGAGCCAACUCACUGAAUGUGCUCAACGUCGGUGGCAGCGGCGAAAGUCAGGACAGCAGCCAGUCAUGCUGUCUGAUGGACCACCGAGGACUCAGCUCCAGUACACAGAGCCUAAACAGACGAGGAUCACUCGGGACCAGUUAACCACCACGUACACACUCAUAUUUUUAAGACCCUUUUACACGGACAGGAUUCUUGUCUUCUGUUAGAGCGCUGAUGUGUGAAAGGGGCUAUACUGAGGGCUAUUUUUAUGAUUUAAAAAAAAUUGUCUUUUUGGCUGUUUGUUUACAAGUCAACGUCAUUUUAAAGCCUCGAAAGACAAACAUAUGAAAAUUAGCCAACAAAGUACAAAAACAAUGGCAGACUACAUAAAAGUUUUUAAGACCAUUUGUGCUUCCACAUAAAAACUAACGCUUUUUAAAAGGCGGAUAAAAGCAAGUGUGUAUGUUUCUGCGUUGCUACCUAGUGGCCUGGCAUGCAUAUUACACUGUCUUCGGGGAUCAUUUUUGAGACUUUUUGACAAAGUCACAUUCCAGAUAAUGUUAUUUCCUUAAUUUAUUACCAACCUCCGCCUCAGUAUGAACUUAAUGUAUCAGACAUUUCUAGAAUAAGAGUUGUACAUUCCGGUGAUUACGUCUGUGUUUUUGCCUUUGAAUGAAAAUGUAUUUUCAUCACUUAUCUCCUACAUGGUUUGUUUACAUGGAACAGUGGUGUUUUUCGCACAUUACUGUUGGGACUGACUUUAUCUCUUAGAAGCUUCUUGCACAUUUUAAACUGCAGAAACUAACCCUAAAAUGAAAUAUGUAAUGUCAACUGCAUUGGAGGUGGAACUCCAAAGACCAUUUCAUAUUUUGACAUGAUAAAAGUUGUGAUGCAGCAGGUUUUUAAACUAUAUAUUUAUAUAUGAACAAUUAUCUUUCUACUGUAAUAGAAAACUUUAGUUUUCACUCAUUUUGGCUUUUUUACAAUCUUGAUUGUAGAUUUUGCUGAGGUGGAAAAUGUCAAAUUGGUCGACAUAGAAACGUGUUGCAUAAUAUUCUAUAGAUGCUCAUUCUAGUCCAAAUGAAUGUUUUU